AUGAUACCUCACUCUUCUGCCGGCGUCCAACCGUGGGGUCAUCCCCUGCGCGCCGUCGAAAACGUCUCAGGACGUAUAGAUGCUUCUCAGACCCUAGGGUUAGCGGAUCUUGCGUCUGAUAAGCAAUCAAUGCCUGUCCUGCCGCCGCAGCCUAGACACCCUGCGGUUAUCAACCUUACGGCUAGUGCUGGUGAUGCGCAGGAAAGGGAGCCGCCCGCAAAGAGACUCAGGUUGGACGCGUCUGCUGGAUCGGAUGCGAAGGAGGCGAGUCCGGCGUCCGGAAGUGGUGGGGAAGCAAGAAACAACCCAGGUAGUAUCGCGAACCCGAAACCAGCUUCGCUUUCCUGGCGUGGUCGUCCGGUAUGGUCGUUCCAGGCUUUGAUAUCAGAGCCCCCUAACGGUGCGGACCCCAACGAGGAAGAUGCGACUCUCACCCCGCAAGGUGUGCGGCUCGCGUCACCUCCUCCGUUUCCUCUUAUGCCCUGGAGGUAUACUCCACCAGAGCUAUCGAGUUGUAAUGCGACAACCUCACAAGACCUGGUUCAGGUCAAGCAAGUCCAGACUACUCCGUACCACAUCGAAGUGCCUUCUGCUGCGCCAGUUCUCAAGGGAGACAAAGUCGCAGAUUUUUCACCGUGGACCGGAAAUCAUCCGGAGGAUGUCUUGAACGAGCAAACGGCGAAGCAAGGGCAUUACGACCGCACGCAGGUAUCCCAAAAUGAAUCUAAUACGGCGCGUCCCUCGCUGUAUGCGCAAUUGAAACACCGCUCCGGACUACAUAUGCUUUCCUCUGUCUUCAUGGCUGCCCUCGAGAAACGACAAACUCACAACAUGGUCACUGCGCCUUCCAGUUUCAAACCACCGCCUCGGGUAACCUUGACGGAUAAUAAACGUGAACUCUGGCUUCGUGACCUUGCCAAUCCUUCCGUCCCGCUGCGGAGACUGAGCCGGACUAUUCCCCAUGGGAUUCGAGGCAAGGCACUUCUAGACCAAUGCUUGAGCAAAUGGAUCCCAAUCAGCAGGGCCGUUUGGCUUGCAAAGUGUGUUGGUGCCAACGAGAUUCGUGCCUUCAAAAGGAAGGGUACCAGUGGCGCAUUGGCUAUGGGCUUGGAAGCUAAGUGGGUUCGCGACUGGACGACUGGUGUGCAGCAGUUUCUCGAAGCGGUGGUUGGAACCUGCGGAUCUGGGGAUUGGAAAUCAAAGAUGACCUAUGCGGCCACGUUGACCGCUCGUUUAUUUUUCGAGCGUUUGCUUGACCAUGAUCAGUAUAUUACCUGGUUCUUAGCUUCGCUGGAGAGUGCCUCGCUGAACGUGCUUCCAGUUUGGCUUCUGAUGUUGGGUAUCUAUUGGGGAUGUGUUUUACGGUAUAGAAAGCGCGGGCGACGGUUGGCUGAGAUUCUUCUUGAGAAGCUGCGACAGAUCACGCAGCCAAGAAAGCCUACGUCCCUCCAGCCCUUAGCGGAUCGAUUAUCAUCCUAUAUAAAAAGACUUGUUCUAGAGCAUACGUCAUCCGUCAUCCUCCCAACUUCUUGGGAAAGAUAUAAAGACCUCAUUUAUUCGUGCUUGAAUAUGAAAGAACAGACGGAUAGAGCGGUUUUUGCAACCCUUGCGGAACGCAAUUCGCGAGUUCAAGUGCCCAAGGACCGGCCAGAAACAACACAAUCAGCGCAGCACCGCGUUAUUAACUUGUUCGAUUCCAUCCGUUCUUCACACGACAUUUCCUCUACGGCUACGGCAUGUUUGACCGCGCUCGAAGAUAAAGCAGCUCUUGUUUUUAAGCUUCUGGAGUGGUCAGCCAGUCCGUUCCGCUUCGGGCUUUGUCGCGUCUAUACAGCAGCCCGCCUUCUACGAAAAUGGAAAACCUUUGGGGUGGACAUUGAUUCACAUAUAAUUUCAUUCCUUGGCACUUUCCAGGAUGCCAAUCAGUUAAGUAUGGAGAAUGUCUAUCACGUUAUAUCCGAACUCGUUAGGUCUCAAAACUUCUCUAUCAGCCGAUAUCUGCAAUGGUUGAUGGCCAAGGGAGUCGCUAAUACCUCUGGCUCCAACAACGCCCAUAUCCUAUCCGGUGACGCUUGUCUCCUAUCACACCUGCCCAUGAGUCGACUCCCAGAGCACGUUCGCAGUCUUCGGCAUACCCUUCUUUUCCGAGCCGGGAUAUCGGGGUCAGAUGAGGAGAUUACCAUCGAGGCACUGAAGAAUUCGAUUAGCCGGCGCCUUCCAAAGAUCUUUGGCGCCGAAAUGAGCAAUGGAGGGCUCAUCGACGCUUCUCGGCCUAACUUAAGUUGGGCUGUCAAGUCUGAAGUCGGUAUUUGGAUUCGGAGCGGGGUUGCUAAGCACUACAGGGAUUCGAGCAGGAAACUGCUCGGCGAUCCCUUGCCGAUCAGGGUCUCGGCCCUAACUCCUGAAGAGUUUUACAACAUCCGAGACAUUCUAGAGAGCUUCGGAGAUCUUUCGAUUCUUGCAGAUGUCAUCAAGCAAGCCACCCGGUGUGACGAUAAUGUGGUGCUUGCAUCGGCCGCCGAUACGAUCAAUUACCAUUUUGAUGCCUUCGGUGUCAUUGGUGCCACGGGGGAUUUAUUCAGGGGGCUCUUAGAAUCGUACGCACGCCUCAAGCGAAUGGGCACCCUGCACCUGGACUUCGUUUUCUCGCUUAUUGAGCUUGGACUUCGGAUUCCUCAGGAGAUGAAUAUGGUUACCCUUCUGCGACAAGAUCUUGCUCGGAUGGAAAGCAAAUCGGCUCUAGCAGCACCCUCGCCCCUCUCAGACCAUAUUCCGAUGACGUUGGAUGAAGUUGAUUCUUCAUUUCAAGACAAGCUUGACCAGCUUCUGUCAUCCGGGAACGGCAUGGACGAAUCGACAAUGAGCACGGUGUUCGGUUCGCUUACUCGGCUAUUGGAUCAUGGCAGUGACGCAUCAAAGCUAUCAGCCAAUGACAUUUGCAGGUACCUAGCCUACGUUCGGCCGUUUAAUCCCAAAUACUUUGAUGCUCUGCUUCUGCGAUGGGUGUGUGGGCUUUUGAAGUCUCCUUCGUCGCAAUCAAUGAUGGCCAGGAUCCUCCCUCCUCUCAUUGGAGUUGGCUGUGUUACGAUUCCUGGUUUUGUCAAUUUGGUUAAUAAGCUCCUCGACCCUGAGAAAGCGACUCCAGCCGUCUUUAACCCGACUAGUUUGCGACUGGAUCUGCUUGAGCUUCUUAUUCCACGAGAGAGCAAGUACGCCGACAUGGUGACAUAUCGCUUUUGUCUAGCACAGCAAGAGUUCCUUGCCAAACAUCCCAAGACAACUUUGGAUAUCAUCCGUGACGCGAUUCCGUUAAUCGACUCUCAAUAUCUCGAGACAGAACCAGUAACGAGCCGCCCGGAUCUUGCAGGAUGCACUACGGCAUUGCUGCAUACAUUACUCAGUCAAGCUUCGGAUGUCGUCGCGCAAUACUGCAUGCAGAAAUUCACUAUCCAUCCGGCCUUCACUCGUGUUCUGGAGAAGGCAGUUGAUGUUCUCCUAGGGUUUGAUUCUAGUAGUGCAUCCCACCCUGUCUCCGAAGCCGAAAAAGUCAUUCUCAUGAACAAUGACUUUUCACUCCCAUUCUGCCAGCUGAAACUCCAGCUUUUGUUCAAUGCUGGCGCUGGCGAUGAUGUCAAGAACAGCAUAGUGGACGUGAUGUUCAAAGCGGCGGUGGCAGACUCUCGCUCUAAAAACUCGCACUGGAUUGGUCUAGUUAAUCUAAUGAACCAAGAUGCCGCCCGACAGAUCCGAGAACGCGCGGAAAGCAGUUUCUUCGCUAUUCCUCUCUUCGACGAGCGUGCUGAUGAUGCGUCCAUUUCCACUGUAGCGGAUUAUUCGAACUCCAUUGAGAAUGCAAAGCUAUACCUUGGGAUCAUCGAGAAACUGGCCUACAGCGUUCCUGAAAGUGGCGUGCAGUCCGUGGUGCCUAUCCUUGUGGAGAAGAUGGACCAUCUGCUCCAAAGACUCAUUAUCAUGCAGACAAACUUCAACAGCUUUGCGGAGAAUAGACAUGGGAUUAGUCCUGACCAAAUCGCCCAGUACCGGUUGAACUUCGAACGGGGCCUGGCCUUUUGGUUCUCCGCUUUGUUGAGGGUGACUGUUCUUCACCGCACGGCUUUCACAGCACCAGCAUCCCUCGCCGCCAAAACCAACAAUCUUCAUGAACAGACACGUUUGCUGGUGUCCAUGUUCUGCAUCUCAUUGGCUCGUUUGCCUGACAAUAUCCUUCGUUUCUUUCCGACCGCCAACUACUUUCCCCACCCCGUACCGCCCGAAAAACUCCGGCCCUGCCCUGGAAUAUUACUGCAAACCCACGCACUGGAUGUCGCAGCAUCACUGAUCGAUUCAUUCCCGGAUGAAACAAGGCAGCAAUGCGCGCGCUUCCUCAGGGAGAAAUGCCCACCAUUCCUCCAGUUCCAGAACGACCCGCGAUUCCUCUACCUCCUUGGGCCCAUGCCGGAUGCUACAGCUCCUAACCUCCCUAUUCCCGCCUCUCUUCCGUCCCCAGCUGCAGGUGGCUCUACUCCGACUCCGUCGGGAUCUCUUCCAAGUGGAGCGUCAAACAACCAAGCUCCACCUAUGGCUGCCUGCUCGGGAAUCCCGUACGGAACAUCGGACGGCGUCAACUGCGCUUCCGACCGCCUUCGCCUCCAGCAUCGCGGCCGUAUCAUCGGUCCUUACCCCGUACGUCCCUGGGAGCUUUUAGAAGACGCGGCUCCGAUCCUCGGUGAAAAUGACACCGCCGUGAGCCUGAAACUUUUCGACACCCGAAGUGUGCGAGCCUAG